AAAUACACAGUUUCUUCACCUUCGCCAUUUUCGAAACCAGUUAACGAUGAAGCCGCCAGAACCUCAUAUUUACCCGAGAAACCAUUCAAAAAACCAUGAUUUCCUUCCAGGUCAUUUCCUCUUCGUCACCGUCGUUUUUCUUCUUCAAAUCCCAGAAACAAUCUCCUCAAUCGCCGCUCAAAUCCCAUUAGGGUACAUCAAACACUGCAACGACGUUGUACCGGCGUCAACGGCGGAGCCUAGCGCUCUCUCUUUCAGCCCCAUCGUGCCUAUCAGCCUCGACUUCACCAUCGGGUAUUACAGCGGCGGAGACUCCAUUUUCUUCCAAUCGAAUCCCGCCACCGAUGUGCUGAAAGCCGCUACGUUUCAUGCUCGUUCUCGCAAGAUUACCUUGAUAGUAAUAAAACCCGGAAUAUAUAAAGUGAAUGGAAAGCUCGUUUUACAAACUCUCAAGUCGUUUCCCGUUCCUUCUUCCGAUGACGGUGUCUUAAAUCCCCGCCGUGGAUUUCCGCGGACGUUCCGGUUCAGGGGACCGAGAAUCCCGUCAAUGGUCGAUAGAGGAAUGCAGGGUUUUUCACUUGGUGGGUUUUGGUCGGAAUCUACUGGGAGGCUUUGUAUGCUUGGGUCAGGGACAAGUAACGGAAAUACAGAUAAAUUUAGGACCUUUAAUGUUGUUCUUAUGCUUAAUUAUUCAACUAGUUUUAAUGUCUCCGGUAGUUUAAUCUCUGGGGUUCUUCAAAGUGUGGAUUCUGAACCCAGUUUGAGUUAUUUUGAGCCUGUGUCCAUAUUGGGUGUGAGGAGCACUGGGAAUUAUGAAUUUAGUUUGGUUGAUAAUGGAAAGGAAAGUUUUUGUUUAAGUGAAGGAGAGAAUUUGGAUGUUAGCAAAGCAAACGGAGGACUUUGGUCGGUGAUUGUUCACCGCAGGAAUAGGUUUGGAUUGGAUUAUGAGAAGGCUUGUGAUAAAGUUAAGGGUAAAGAACAAAUACUGGAGAUACCACCUCAAGCUCAGGACACGCCCCAUCCGCAUAAUAGCCGCCUGAAAAAGAAGAAGAUGGAAGCAAGAAUGGAGAAAAUUGAGGAGAACAUGGAAAAAUUGCAGAAAGAACUUGAAGACAAGAUAAGCCAGAGUAGUCUGAGUACUCUGAAUACAAUCAUGAAGAACCAAGAUUCUUUGGUUAAUAAGAUCGUUUCCAAGUUAGUUGACUUAUAA